UCACUUCCCGCUGCGGGCCCUUCCCGGCCGCCAUCUUGGUGCGGUGUGGGGGGAAGCGGGGGGCCCGUGGGCCGCGGGGCCGCUCGAUGGGAAGAUGCAGCGCGCGGGGCCGGGCGGGGCGGGGCCUGGCGCCGUGCUGGGGGCGGGGCCGGGGCGCGCGCUGCUGAGGCGGGAGCUGCGGCUGCUCGAGUCCAUCUUCCACCGCGGGCACGAGCGCUUCCGCAUCGCCCGCGCCUGCCCGGACGAGCUGGGCUGCGAGUUCCUGCCCGGCCCGGCCGGCAGCGGGCCCGUCCGUAUCCAUGGCAACAUCACGGAGUCUUAUCCGGCUGUCCCUCCAAUAUGGUCCGUGGAAUCGGACGAUCCCAACUUAGCGGCGAUCCUAGAGCGGCUAGCCGACGUGAAGAAAGGAAACACGUUGCUUUUGCAGCACCUGAAGCGGAUCAUUUCCGACCUCUGCAAGCUCUACAACCUCCCGCAGCAUCCGGAUGUCGAGAUGCUGGACCAGCCUCUGCCUGCAGAGCAGAGCACACAGGAAGAAGUGUCCUCUGAGGAAGAAGAUGAGGAGAUGCCGGAGGACACGGAGGAGCUGGAUCACUACGAGAUGAAGGAGGAGGAGCCAGCGGAAGGGAAGAAGGCAGAGGACGAUGGCAUCGGCAAGGAGAACCUGGCCAUCCUAGAGAAAAUAAAAAAGAACCAGAGGCAAGAUUACUUAAAUGGGGCAGUGUCUGGGUCCGUGCAGGCCACCGACCGGCUAAUGAAGGAGCUCAGGGAUAUUUACCGAUCGGCAAGUUUCAAAGGCGGAAACUAUGCAGUUGAACUAGUGAACGACAGCUUGUACGACUGGAACGUCAAACUCCUGAAGGUGGACGAGGACAGCGCUUUGCACAGCGACCUGCAGAUCCUCAAAGAGAAAGAGGGGUCGGAUUUCAUCCUUCUGAACUUCACCUUCAAGGAUAACUUCCCCUUCGACCCGCCCUUCGUAAGAGUCGUGUCUCCCGUGCUCUCGGGGGGGUACGUCCUGGGUGGAGGUGCCAUCUGCAUGGAGCUUCUGACGAAGCAGGGCUGGAGCAGCGCCUAUUCCGUGGAAUCUGUGAUCAUGCAGAUCAGUGCCACACUGGUGAAAGGCAAAGCCAGGGUCCAGUUUGGCGCCAACAAAAACCAGUACAGCCUGACGAGAGCACAGCAGUCAUACAAGUCCCUGGUCCAGAUCCAUGAGAAGAACGGCUGGUACACGCCCCCCAAGGAAGAUGGAUAGCGCGGGGUGGGGGCCGCCUGGACCAAUCCGACACCCCCGCUGAACGCUGUGCUCGGCUCGUCAAAAACGCCUCCUCUCCCUCCCAAGGACAGGA